AUGGCUGAUUCACCGGAACCCUCAUUAUCAACGACGACGUCGAUUGCCAAGCUGCGCACCUGGCAGGACUGGAAUGUGUGGAUCACCCACAUUGAGAACGAGGCAGAGGCCCUCCAGAUAUGGGAUGAUAUCAACCCAGGAUCCUACUUUCAGUACAAUGGAGACACCAAAUUCAAGAGCAAGCACAGAACCACCGUCGCCAGUAUCUCAACCGCCGCUGCAACCGAAUCAUCUUCGUCCUCAAACCGAUCCUCAUCUUCAAGACUAAGCAAACCAUGUCUCUGUAGUAGGAACCACAUGUGGAAGGAAUGCUACUACCUCAAUGCCGAGUACCCGAGGCCUGAGGCAUGGAAGCUAAGAGAUGAUACAAAGAAGAAGAUUGAGAAGAGAUUCAAGGAGGACAAGAACCUGAAAGAGAGAGUGGACAAAGCAAUUCAAGCUUACAACGCUGCUCAAGGUCAAGGGUCGAAGGACAAAGAAGCCAAGAACAAGUUAGGUAUAGCCGCAGAACUCGAGGACACUGCUGCUGCUGCUACCCUGGAAUCGACCCCUGAGGCAUCUGUUGGAUUAAUUGGUUAUACCCGGCUCUACAACGCAGUGAUUCUUGAUAGUGGUGCCAAUAUGCACAUUAUCAACGAAUCCAUAAGGGCAAGGAUCGUCAGAUCUGAGUUACCAACCUCCUCUGAUAUAGUGAUAUCUGGGGACAAGAGGUACCAACCUGAGGCAAUUGUUGAUGCUACCAUCAAUCUGGAUAUAGGUAAUAGAGUUACCAGGAAGCUCACUCUUCUCAAGGCAAGGCUUAUUCCGGGAUUCUUCACAAGUUUGGUCUUACUGCAGAUCCUUAACAAGAAGGGUAUUUACCAUAAUACUAGAAACUGGCCAGACAAGUUGAUUACUGGCCAAGCAUAUAAGGAGCCCAGGCUUUGGGCAUGCCUUACCCCUGAACACAGUGACGAUAGACAUGGUUACUGGAUUAUUGAACGAUUGCCUGCAACAAGAAGUGUUGCUGGGACCACUGGAAUUCCUGUUUUAUCUAGAACCCCUGGAAUUGAGGAGGUGAAGUCAGUAUGCACCCCACACUCUGAGAAUGCGGGGAAAUCAACCUUACCUGCCUCAACGUCACCUGCUGGAUCUGUUGCUGCUGCACAAUCCAGUUAUAAACCACUUCUACCUUUGACAGCAACGGCCAAUCAGUGGCAUCAGUUGCUGGGCUAUCUAUCUGUGAGGGCUAUUGAGAACCUGGAACCUGCAUCUAAGGGUUGCUAG